UCGAGUCAAGUCCUACUUUUUCUGUGUUGUGGCUGGAGUGUACAGUAGUAAUUGUGACUGGUUCACUUUUGAUCUUGCGGCGUCGUUGCAGUUAUUUCUCGCGGUUUCGUGGCCUUUUCGUGAUGUGUUGCUGAUUAUAAUGUCAUCAACCAAGUCCGGUCGUUGUGGUAGCCAGGAAGCUAAGCCAGGACCGACGCUACUUGACAAGGGGCAGAAUGUCAGCGAGAAAAUUCAGGCUCUGAAACACAUCGACACAUUCUACAGCCAGGCUCCACCGGGUCUAAUUCAGGAGGAAAAGGAGAAUCCCGAAGACUGUAUUCCUGACUUGCCAGAGAACAAACAUGCGCGAGAGUUUCUGUCAAAGGCACCUACGAAGGGUCUGUGGAUGCCCCUGGGAAAGGAAGUUAAAGUAAUGAAAUGUUGGAGGUGCAAAGCCUACGGACAUAGGACAGGAGACAGGGAGUGUCCUAUGUUCCUCAGUGGAAACUCUGCAAGCGAGAAGUUUAGAUUUGUGCAUGAAGAUCCGAUGCACGAGUUCGUGAAAGAAAGCAAAGCGACUGAAAAGCAGGAACGAAUUCGCCAGCUGCAGGAACUUCUUGAAGGAUCGUCGGAUUCUGACAGCAGCUCAAGCUCUUCAAGCAGCAGUAGCUCCCCGGGAGAAUCGAGAAAGCGUCGCCGCAAGCACAGCCACUCAAAACAUGAGUCCAGAAAAAAGCAGAAGCAUCAUCGUAAAUCUAAGAAGCGUAGAAGAAAGUGAACUCUUCCACUUCCUUUUGUCGCAUUCAUAAUUGCCUUAGUUAUAUCGUGCAUACCACAUUAAAUAAAUAUUUCGUAUCAUACA